GCUCAAAGAACACGCUCCUUUUCCUCAGCGAGUCGCCGCGAUGAGCAUGCUCCGGCUGCAGAAGCGCUUGGCGUCCAGCGUCUUGCACUGUGGCAAGAAGAAGGUCUGGCUGGACCCCAAUGAAACCAAUGAGAUUGCCAAUGCUAAUUCUCGCCAGCAAAUUCGCAAACUGGUGAAGGAUGGUCUGAUCAUUAAGAAACCUGUCACUGUUCACUCUCGUGCCCGCUGCCGCAAGAACACAUUGGCACGUCGCAAGGGGCGCCACACGGGUGUCGGUAAGAGGAAGGGUACAGCUAAUGCCCGAAUGCCAGAGAAGGUUGUCUGGAUGAGUCGCAUGAGAAUCCUGCGCCGUCUCCUGCGUCGUUACAGGGAGUCCAAGAAGAUUGACAGGCACAUGUACCACAGCCUGUACCUCAGAGCUAAGGGAAAUGUUUUCAAAAACAAGCGGAUCCUCAUGGAACACAUCCACAAACUGAAGGCUGACAAGGCUCGCAAGAAGCUCCUGUCUGACCAGGCUGAGGCUCGUCGCUCUAAGACCAGGGAGGCCCGUAAGCGCCGCGAAGAGCGUCUGCAGGCCAAAAAAGAGGAGAUCAUCAAAACCCCGUCAAAGGAGGAGGAGACCAAAAAAUGAGUGUUCAUCUAAUGGCAAACCUAGUUUCGGUUGUAAUAAAAAAACCACAAAACA